GUAAACAAACCCUUGCUUACUGUCAUUGACAAGGAGCUGGAGAAUGACAUGUUUGUAGAGGGAGAAAAACCAUUAAUGCACCAGCACGAAUUAUCAUCUAGCUCUGUGUUUAAUGGUGCAGUCUUCAUGUCUUCCAAGUUGAAGAUUAUAGAGGAUUUCAAACGAGACACAUACCCUGAUAAAGUGAAUCUUGCUGGGAGGGAGUAUGUUGGGGAGCAAGGACACACCACGUGGCUUCCACUUGUACGCAAAAUUAAACUGCAAAUUGCCACAGACCCAACUUUAAACCCAGAGUACCCACCCAUCCUUGGGAUCCCAGAAUUCACCAGGAGGGCAACUGAACUUGCAUUGGGCAAAGAUAGCCCCGCCAUUAUUGAAAGCAGGGUGUUUGGCAUCCAAACCAUUGGAUAUACUGGAGCAGUGCGUCUGGGUGCCGAGUUGCUGAGAUCCUGGUACUGUUCGAAUUCUCCUUGGAGUGGACCCAUUUUGCUCCCCAGUAGCUGUGAUGAUUCAUUGACAGACACAUUUAAGGCAGCGGGGAUUGAUGAUGUGCAACAGUAUCGGUACGGCAGUGCAGAUUCCAAUGGACUGUGUGUGGAAAACAUGGUGCAAGACUUGGAGAACACUCCAGAGCAUUGUGUGGUGGUCCUGUUUGUUUCGGGCCACAAUCCCACUGGUGCUGAGCUCUCCCAGGAGGACUGGAAACGUGUUGCUGAUGUCAUGGUGAGACGCAAGUUGUUUCCAUUCUUCUUGAUGUCUGCCCAAGGCUUGUGCAGUGGUUCUCUUGAGCAAGAUGCCUGGCCUCUUCACCACUGUGUCUCUUUGGGGCUUGAGCUCCUCUGCGCUCAGUCUUUUUCACACAAUUUUGGCCUUUAUGGUGAGAGAGUGGGGCAUCUUCUCUGUGUAUUAAAGCAGAAUGUCUUGGCUGUACAAUCUCAAGCUGAGAAGAUGGUGCAAACACUUUGGUCCUGCCCUCCAAUGGAAGGUGCCAGAGUGGUUGCCACUAUUCUAAGUAACCCUGCUCAUCUGGUAGAGUGGCAGGAGAGUGUGAAGGCCAUGGCUGAACGCUGCAUGCUUAUCCGAGAACGUUUACGUGAGAGACUGAGGCUUUUGGGUGUUCCGGGGUGUUGGGACCGCAUUUUAAAACCGGGAGGGUUAUAUUGCUGUUUUGGACUCAAUGUUCAACAGGUUGAGUUUCUGGUUCAGAAGAAACACAUCUACUUAUUACCCAACGGGUGUUUUAAUAUUAGUGCAAUUAAUAGUCGUAACCUGGACUAUGUUGCUGAAUCCAUCCAUCAAGCCUUGAGUGCUGGACUUUGAUCUCAGAUCAAACUCUUCAUCUGCAAUAUUCUUUUUAUCAUCAUCUUUUUUUUUUUCUUUGAAUCUACAGUAGGUAUAAUUUACAUAUGUUUAAACAGGAUACUCAGCACACAAAAACUUUUAAUGUUAAGCUUAACUUUUAAUGAAGGCUAUAAUGUAGACAGAGCUGCAAUAGACAGUCCCUGUAACAACCAAUGAGAAAUAAAUGAACACUUCAUAUCACCCACAGCAUUCUGUGAUGGCACCUAUUAAGCAACAUUCUCAUACUUGCCUCACAUUAAAAAAAAUAAUAAUAAUAAAAAAAACAUAAAAAUGCAUUCAUUAGCCAUUUCACACAUCAGUAUGGUUUAAAAUUAGGGGCACCAUAUCAUUUUCACUAAUAAAAGAGUAGGGAAUUCUUUCUUUCUUUCUGUCUUUUUCUUUCUUUUUCUUUUUUGCCAUAAAAGUCAUAAGAUAAAGCACGAGUUUUCACAUGAAGCCAGACUUGUUUAGUAGGAGGGAUUUAAAUCAAUGCUGCUACAUUCAUUUUAAAAGAGAUCAUUCAUACAAAAAUGAAAACUUGUCAUUUUUUCAUUUGUGUGCAGUUCACAUGUUUUCAUUCUUUCCAUACAUAAAAUAAGAUAUUCUGACAGAUGUCACAAGUAACAUGUUUUGCUUGCCAAGACCAUAAUAAAAUAAAAUUAACCUGGAUUAUA